GACGUAACAGGAAGCGGAAGUAAUUUGUUCCCGUCCCUUGUGUUGUGUUGACUUGAGAGCAAAAUAAGACGUUGGAUUCAUGUAAAAGCAGACAACAUUAAUGCGUAACUCGCACAACUCACAGGUGAAAGAAACAAGUCAAGUCAAUAUCUGAUCAGUCAAUGGGAAAAUGUUCAGCUUCGAGGGCGAGUUCAAGACAAGACCCAAGGUGUCACUGGGAGGAGCAAGCAAGAAGGAAGAGAAAGCAUCUUUGCUGCAUCGCACUCAAGAGGAAAGAAGGAAAAGAGAGGAUGACAGAAAGCGACUGAAGAAUGCCAUCAUCAUUCAGUCUUAUGUACGUGGCUACCAAGACCUGAAACGACAGUACGCCAUCCAGAGGGCCACUUUUGACGAGUGUGUCAGCCAGACACAAGCGAAGCAGCAUGCUCUGGAAGCUACCACCCUCUGCCUCUUAUCAAGACAGCUCAUAUUUUUCUACAGACAGAGCGUGGAUGCACAUCGAUUGAUCUGGCUGUGUCAGAACCUGGUGAAACAGAACAGUCAGUUUGUCAAGCUGCUGGUGGGCUCACACAGACAGACGUGUAUGUUUCAGAUCAAGAGAAUACUGGGCUUCUGCUGCAGACUCGUGCAGAACUGCGCUGACGAUAGUUUAAAUGUGGCAGUCCCCAUGCGGAUGCUCGAAAUCUUCUCCUCCGAGAGAAUCUACCUUCCCAUCAUGACUGACGCUAACUCUGUGAUUGAACAGAUUUUGCACUAUAUGGUACAGAAAGGUUACUACAGGUCGCUGUAUGUUCUUGUGAAUCACAGGCUCCCAUCAAGUUUGGAAUAUAGUGACUCUCCCUCCAUCCCUCUGGCAAGCACACUCUUGGAGCACAUUCUCAAACCUCUGCACUUUAGCUACUCCUCCUGCACAGCGGGCGCAAGGCACUUUGUCUUUGCCGCAUUCACCAAGGAGUUUAUUUCUGCGCCUUUUACCGAGCAGAUCUUUCACUUUUUUAUCCCGGCCCUGUCGGACCCCCGUCUCGCAUUCCCGUUUGAGGCCUUCCUGAGCUCCCUGCAGGACACCGUCACCUCUUCUCCUGCCGCACAAAGCCGGGCCCCCUGGAUAUUUUACUUUGUUCUUUCUGCGGGCCAGAACUGUUUAGGCUCCCUAUCGGAGGAAGGCCUCCUGCUGUAUUUACGCGCUCUGCAGACACUUCUUCCUCUGCUGCCUGUAACGGAGGCCUACAGCAGGCCCGAGAUGAGCAGUGAUUCUGAGGACGAUGACGAUACAAAUGUCCAUCCGCUGCCCAUGCAGGAUGACAGUCGGAUUUCUGUGCAGCUGAUCACAGACGAAUGUGUGCACAAACUGGACACCAAACAGCAGACCAACACGUUGCUCAACUUGGUGUGGAGGGACUCGGCAAGCGAGGAGGUUUUCACCAUGAUGGCCUCCAUCUGUCACACUCUCAUGGUGCAGCAUCGUCUCCUAGUUCCCAAAGUCAGACUUCUCUACAGUUUAGCCUUUAACGCACGUUUCCUGCGGCAUCUUUGGCACCUGAUCACCUCCAUGACAACCAAAAUGAUCACUGGCUCCAUGGUUCCGCUGCUACAGCUGAUCUCCAGAGGGUCCCCAAUGUCGUAUGAAGACUCCAAUCGCAUCAUUCCUCUCUUUUACCUCUUCAGCUCCCUCUUCAGCCACUCGCUCAUCUCUGUGCACGACAGCGAGUUUUUUGGACAUGAAAUGGAAGGUCAGACGCAGUCCUCCAUGAUGCCCUUUACUCUGUUGGAGCUGGUGACGCUGUCUCGCUGCCUGAGGGACGCAUGCCUGGGCAUCAUCCAGCUGGCCUACCCAGAGACCAAAACGGAACACCGCGAAGAGUAUAUGGCGGCCUUCCGCAGUGUAGGUGUCAAGACCAACUCGGAGGUGCAGCUGCGCAUCCAAGCUGAGCAGAAACGUUGGGUACAGCUCUUUAAGGUCAUCACUAACUUGGUGAAAAUGCUGAAAGCUCGCGACAUCAGACGACCCUUCUGUCCAGCUGAUCAUUGGUUGUCCGAGGAAGUCAACAUUCGAGCAGAUAAGGUCACCCAGCUAUACGUGCCUUCUGCGAGACAUGUGUGGCGAACACGAAGGAUGGGCAGGAUUGGACCACUUCAGUCUACACUGGAUGUGGGCUCGGAGCCUCCUCAGCUGUCCGUGUCAGAAGAAAGACAUCUGGCCAUCCUCACAGAGCUCCCUUUUGUUGUUCCCUUUGAGGAGCGGGUCAAGAUCUUUCAGAGGUUAAUCUAUGCUGACAAAAGGGAUGUGCAGGGAGAUGGGCCUUUCCCUAACGGCAUCAUCGUUACCAUCAGACGCAACUACAUCUACGAAGACGCCUAUGACAAACUCUCUCCAGAAAACGAACCGGACUUGAAGAAAAGAAUUAGGGUCCACCUGCUGAACGCUCACGGUCUGGAUGAGGCGGGCAUCGACGGAGGCGGUAUCUUUCGGGAGUUCCUCAAUGAGCUCCUCAAGUCAGGCUUCAACCCCAACCAGGGCGUCUUCAAGACCACCAACGAAGGCUUGCUGUAUCCCAACCCCGCCGCCAAGAUGCUGGUGGGAGAAUCCUUCACGCGACACUACUACUUCCUAGGCAGGAUCCUGGGAAAGGCUCUGUACGAGAACAUGUUGGUGGAGUUGCCCUUUGCCAGUUUCUUCCUGUCCAAGCUUCUGGGAACAAGCGCGGACGUCGACAUUCACCACCUGGCCUCGCUGGACCCCGAAAUGUACCGGAACCUUCUCUUUCUCAAGAGCUACGAGGGUGAUGUGGAGGAGUUGGGCCUGAACUUCACCGUAGUCAACAACGAUCUGGGAGAGGCUCAGGUUGUGGAGCUGAAGACGGGGGGGAAAGACAUACCCGUGACCACAGCUAACCGCAUCGCGUACAUCCACCUGGUGGCCGACUACCGCCUCAAUAAGCAGAUCCGGCCACACUGCCUGGCCUUCAGGCAAGGUCUGGCCAACGUGGUCAACCUGGAGUGGCUCCGUAUGUUUGACCAGCAGGAGAUCCAGGUGCUCAUAUCUGGAGCUCAUGUCCCCAUAUGUCUUGAUGACUUGAAAAAGUUCACAAACUACUCAGGUGGCUACACGUCCACGCAUCCCGUCAUCCAGAUCUUUUGGGAAGUGGUGGAAGGCUUCACAGACGAGGAGAAGCGCAAGCUGCUCAAGUUCGUCACCAGCUGCUCCAGACCUCCUCUGCUGGGCUUCAAGGAGCUGUACCCGGCCUUCUGCGUCCACAACGGCGGCAGCGACCUGGACCGCCUGCCCACGGCCAGCACCUGCAUGAACCUCCUCAAGCUGCCAGAGUUCUACAGCCAGCAGCAAAUGAGGAACAAGCUGCUCUACGCCAUCGAGUCCUCGGCCGGCUUCGAGCUCAGCUGAGAGCUCACCUCGGCAAAGAAAGACUUGGCAAAAGAACACAACUGACUCUUUUUGCCCGUACGACUGUUGUGUGCAGGUAUGUGUGUGACCAGUGCGAAGGGGACAAGCACCCCCAGAAUAAGACGCCUUUUUUUAACCCUUUGCUUUUAGCUAAAUUUAAGUGACGAAACCGAGCAAUUUAGUGCUGAUAUGUUGUGUUUUCACCAAAGAUGAGUGGCAUCAUGCAGAUAGUAACAAAAUCAUACAAAAGGCAAUACAGAGACAAGAGGGACUGUGAAGUUGAACGCUUCAAAUGUUAGUGAUACUCAUGUGUGCAUCUAGCAAAGGUAUGAUAGCAUGAGGGGGUUGUGAAUAUGUACAUGUUCUCUUGUAUCAUUCAUGUAUUCAGUAUUUGUACAGCUUUCCUUCUUUAUUAUGGUUGUGUGUGACAUGGUUGAAACUUACCAAUGUUCAGCGUACCCUCUAAAAAAAAAAAAAAAAGAGCGUAUGGAAAUGAAUAAAGCCACUUUUCUUUUUUGCACAAGUGUCGCUCGUGAUG